AUGAAGCCGAAGCGGCGAGCGCCGCAGAGAGUGCAGCGGAAGCCCAGCACGGUGGCGAGCGUGGGCGGCGGCAGCUGCAUGCGCUUCUUGUUGCUCUUCCUCGCCGCCGCCGUCCUCUUCUGGGUCCUCUCCUCGCGCUCCGAAGCCAUCGCGUCGUCGCUGAACGCCCUCAGUCGACGCGCGAAAAUAGCCGGCGGCGGGGACAAACCCCUCGUUAGAGACCUCCUCGGUACUGGAGCCGCGGGGGCGACAUCUAUAGACGUAUUUGCGAGCGAUUCAUUGGCCAAUGAGGAACCGGUGCCGCAAAUAUCGCUAUCAGGAACGGACGGGCAGGGGGAGGAACCGGAUCUCGCGGGGACGCUGGAUUCGGAGGAUUUGGGAGCGGUGAGCGCGGCGCAGAACACGCAAGAAACCCCCAGCGAGCGAGGCAAGGCGGUGGCCGACGCGGUAGAAGAUACGACGAGGAAUGAGGCGGCGCGUAGAUCAGCAGACGAUGCACCGCUUGUCAAAUCUGCGGGUUUGCGGGGCGAUGGAUUGUCAACGGGAGAUAAGAAGUCAGAUGCGAUCAGCGAGAAGCCGCGACCUGCUGCUAAUGUGAUCGUCAGCGUGACGCAACCCGCCGGUGUAACGAAACCCGCAACGAUGAAACGGAAAAAGCGACGAGUGAAAGCGCCUUUAGCGCGGUGGGCGCCGCUCAACGGCAAGUAUCCGGAUCUGACAAUAGCGAAGCCGAAGCGCAAAGUUCUAAAGGUUAACAUCGACAAGAAGAACCUGCAGCGGGUGUACUUAGACGCGACGCGGUGCGACUCCUGCCACACAGUGUGCAUGCCAAUACAGCAGGGCCGCUGCUCAUCCACUCCGCACACACCUGCACUGCCCCCUUUCCCUCUUACCCCCCACUCCUACCCGCCUUUCCCAAUCCUCCUCCCACCCCCCAGCCAAGUGCUGUUGCUACCCAACAUGUAUGUGAACGUGACAGGGCAGGGGUUCAACGCCACACACCUUCCCCUUCCUCUUCCAGCCGUUAUCCCUUUUCUCUUCCUCGUCACCCCCACCCCCUAUUCCUCCCCCUCCCACCAGUUGCUGCUGCUGCACAACGUGUACGUGAACGUGGAGGGCCAGGAGUUCAACGCCACACAACCUCACUUCACCCCCCCUUCCCCUCCGCCGCCCUCCUCACCAGCUGCUGCUGCACAAUGUGUGCUGCUCUUGCACAACGUGCACAUCAACGGGGUGGGCCACGUGUUCAACGCCACAAUUGCACCUAACCCGUAUUUCUUCCCCUCGCCCAUCUCUCCCUUUUCUCCCCGGCACCCCCACCAGGUGCUGCUGCUGCACAACGUGUACAUCAACGUGGCGGGGCAGGUGUUCAACGCCACGCACCUCUUUGACCACAACGCCUGCGCCGCCGAAUCACCCUUCCACUACACCCCCGGCAACACCCAAGUCUCCUCCUACCCCUCCCUCAUCUCCCUCGUCGACUGGUUCGGGUGGUCCGCGCGAGCCUACAUGCUAGACCUGGUGCCGUCCAUAGUGACUCUCGAUGCAGUGCUGCCGCUGCUCAAGGGGGAGGGAGUGCCGGUGGCGCUGGGGUUGCGGGACCGGCAUGUGAAGAAUCAGAUGGAGCAGGCGACGGGGCUGGGGCACUGGGAGCUGGUGGGGGUGCGCCUGGAGCGCAUGAACCCGCACAUUCUCAAGGAGGGCGAGCUCUUCUUCGCUGAACGCCUCAUUCUCCCACUGAAGCAGCGGUGUGGGCGGCCCAGCAGGGCCAUGUGGUCGUACCUGCGCCACCGUAACCUGCUGCCCAAGCCCGGCCUCCCCAUCUACCGCCACGAGUUCAAGCCAACGUACCGGAGGCGCAAGGGGGAGGACCUAUCAGCGGGCAGCGACUGGAUAGUGGUGGUGGCGAUGCGGGACGAGUGGAAGCCGCUGGUGCAGACGCUCAAGCUCACGCAGCAGCUGCUCAAGUGGCUGCCCCAGGACCGCAUUGUCACGUACCGCGACGGGUCACUGCCCUUUGGCAAGCGCAAGGAGCUGUUUAACCGGGCGAGACUGCUGGUGGCGGCGCAUGACAACGUGCUGGCUGACAUGGUCUUCAUGCCCGCUGGAGGGGCGGUGGUGGAGAUCCGGCCAGAGGAGGAGGCGGAUCCGACCUUUCACCACCUGGCAGACGCGUGCCAGCUGGACUACUACCUGCUCUUCUCGGACGGGCGCAAGGCGGACGGCAAGAAGGGCGGCAAGCCCAAGGUCAAGGACCCCAAGGUGGUGCACAAACUGCUGGAGAAGAUUGCGAGACGGAUACGGAAAGUGUAA